AUGGGACGUCCGAUAGGGUAUCGAUUUCACCCUACGAAUAGUGAAGUGCUGAAAUAUUUAUUAGCGUAUGCGAGAGACGAACAACUGCCUGAUCAGAAUGAACUCAUGCAUCAGGUAGAUCUUUACGCGGAGAAGGAACCAUGGCAGAUUUUUGAAGGCACCAACAGCAACAGCAACACACGUUAUUUCAUUACGCCCCAGAAGAAACAUAAUUCGGAGCGGAAAAGAGUUUUGCGAAGUGUGGGUAAGGGUACGUGGAAGGCAAAAGGAAAGGGAAAAGAGGUUUUUGACAAGAAAGGUAGAGUUAUAGGGUACGUGAAAAGUUUGAAGUACAACUACAGCAACACAUUGUAUGAUGCUUAUUUGGGUUACGUGAUAUGUAAGAUAAAUAAGAAGGGAUCAAAAAGCAUUAUUGAUGAUGGAGUUACCCAUGACAUUGAUAUGAAUGAGGUUGACGAAUAUAUUAAUUCAGUUUUGCAAGAAGACGAUCAACUACUUGCUCUUAUGGACAAGAAUAAUAAUGUAGAGGAAGAUAUUGAUGUUGGAGAUCAAGUACUCGCUCUUAUGGACAACAAUGAUGCUCAUCAUAAUGCAGAAUGCUUAGAGGGACAUCCAUCAGCUAAUAUCGAUCUUGAAGAUAUAGACUUUGUAUUAUAA